AUGCGGGAAUAUGGAAGACGUGGUAUUCAGCAAGCAGAACAGCCAGAGCAGAUAGAACAGCAACAACAACCUAUUGAAAAUGAAGAAUUAAUACUUGAAGAUUUGCCUAUUUUUUCUGUUAAUCAUGAAGAUAGAAUACUCCAUGAUAAUCCAAAUGCACCUGCAAUGGUAGGUGAUAUGGGUUUGCCAUAUGACAGCAAUGAAGGUGACGUUUGUUACAUAUGUACAAGUGAAGAAUCCCAACCAGACAGAAUACUACCAUGCGAACACGUAUUCUGUCUUGGUUUUAUACAAAGAUGGUCAUUGAGGACCAGAACAUGUCCAAUGUGCAGAAGACAAUUUUGA